GGCGCGGGUGUUGAUAUGUGGCCUCUCUUUUCGCUUUUCACCAGGAAGACUCGUUUCUUGGUUUCUGCGGCUCAUUUAACGGCUCCAGAGACCGAAGCUGAGCCAAAACUGACCCGAAAACCACCACCGUCCACCGGGGAACCGCCCCCGGCCUCCAGUCCUUCAUGUCAGAGGAGACGCUAGCAGCUAACGCUAGCCGCUAGCCCGUCAGAGUUAUUACUGCCGUCAUUCCUCUGGCCUCCUCAGUUCUUCCUUCAUGGGUCAGUGAGCGUCGGCCAUGAGCUCCGAGCCCGACGCUCUGGCCGUGGUCACCCAGCUGAGGGACCUGGCUGCAGACCCCAUGAACCGCAGGGCCAUCGUCCAGGACCAGGGCUGCCUCCCGGGACUCAUCCUGUUCCUGGACCACCCCAGCCCUCAGGUGGUCUACUCGGCCCUGCUGGCCAUCCGUUACCUGGCCGAAUGUCGAGCCAACAGGGAGAAGCUGAAGGGGGAGCUGGGAAUGAUGCUGAGUCUCCAGAACGUCGUCCAGAAGUCCACCACCCCCGGAGAGACCAAGCUGUUGGCCUCUGAGAUCUACGAGCUCCUGCAGACGUGGAGCGACGUGGAGGCCGGGGGGGAGGAGGCCGUCAGCAGCCGCCGCAAAGCUCAGUUCUUCCUGGGCUCCAGCAACAAGAGGGCAAAGACGGUCGUCCUCCACAUCGCCGGGCUGGACGACGCCACUCGUCGGGGUCAGUGUGAGGAGGCUCUGCUGAAGAUCAGAGGAGUGAUCAGCUUCACCUUCCAGAUGCCUGUGAAGAGAUGCAUCGUCCGGAUCCGCUCAGACCUGAAGGCCGAGGCUCUGGCGUCGGCCAUCGCCUCCACUCAGGUGAUGAGGGCUCAGCAGGUGGUGAAAGGAGAGGACGGAGACGAGGUCUUGAUCCCGUUCUCAGAGGACGGGUCCGUGGAGGUGGAGCAGAACCUGGACCUUCCAGACUACCUCCCCGAGGACGAGAGUCCGUCUCAGGAUCCCGACAAAGCCGUGACCCGGGUGGGGACGGGCCAGGAUGGGACCACCUGGCUCGGAGCCGCCGCCAACUUCCUGUCCCGCUCCUUCUACUGGUGACGGGACCGGAGACAGUCCACCGAGCACUGUCCAAUCAGAGACAGACGAGAGUCCGCCUGUCUCUGCAGAGAGGACGGACCCACCAGACCCGAGGCAGGACUCCUUCCUUCAACCUCUUAUUAUUUAUUCAACAGCUACGACGUCUGUGAAGGUUCCCAGUCCUCCAGGUCCUGGUUUAUGUCCAACAACAAGGUGGCUGAGUCUAGAGGACAGGUUUCAUCUGAGCAGCUCCUCAGGUCUGAGGGACAGGAGGACUUUAAGGAAACUGCCUGGACGAGGUAUUAAUCUGACAUCUAUUCAAAAACCAGCCUCAACUUCAACCCCAUUCACAGCUGGAGCCUGGGACUGGUACCGGGUCUAGACCACCGUUACCGUUAGCUUCAUUGUCCCGGGGACAGGACUCAUCCCUAGGAGGGACAGGCCGGGACAACAUGUGUGGAGGUUCUGAACGGGGACACGGUUCAGACUGGAUGAUGAACAGAUGUCAGAUUAGAUCUCAGUCCUCCUCUACUCCUCUAUCAGACCACCUGUCUCCUCUGGAUCAGAUCUGGACCUUGUAGUCUUCAGAGGAAGACAUCCUCUGUCCUCCGGGUGGAGGGGGACGUCUCCUGUGUUGUUGUGGAUCCUUGUUUUGUUUCAGUUCAUUCAUGGCUUCAUGACUCUGGUUCUGUCUGGGGUUUUAGUCUCUGGGGGGACCAGGUUCUGUCUGGGGGUUUAGUCUCUGGGGGGACCAGGUCCUGGGGGUUUAGUCUCUGGGGGGACCAGGUUCUCGGGGUUUAGUCUCUGGGGGGACCAGGUUCUGUCUGGGGGUUUAGUCUCUGGGGGGACCAGGUUCUGUCUGGGGUUUUAGUCUCUGGGGGGACCAGGUUCUGUCUGGGGGUUUAGUCUCUGGGGGGACCAGGUUCUGGGAGUUUAGUCUCUGGGGGGACCAGGUCCUCGGGGUUUAGUCUCUGGGGGGACCAGGUUCUCGGGGUUUAGUCUCUGGGGGGACCAGGUCCUGGGGUUUAGUCUCUCUUGAACACUUGUUGGAGCUACCGUCUGUCCAGUCAGAGACGGACGAGAGGCGUCCAUCUGUCUCCACAGAGGUCAAAGGACAAAGCGGGUCUGAGCCAGACCUGGGGCAGGACUCCUUCCUGGAACCCAGGAACCUCAGCUGUGCCUUCAUAAACCUCCUCCAGCUCCCAGACCACAAACAAACAACAUUCAGGACCAGUUUCCUGGAGCUCAGGAACUCAAACCACGUCUCCCAGAGGACAGAACAAAGACUAUAAGCCCCGCCCACCGGGGGGGGCCAGGAGGACUAUAAGCCCCGCCCCCGGGGGGCCAGGAGGACUCUGAGCUCCGCCCACCUUCCAGGUCUUCCAGGUCACAGGAAAGGAAGGGAAACGGAAGGAAGGAAGGAAGCCCCGCCCACGGCCUCUGAGCUCCGCCCACCUGAGAUCCUCAGAGUUGAUCUUUCAGUGUUUGUGUUUGAUCUGGAGGAGGAUGAAUUCAGCAGCUCAGAGGUUUGAUUCCUCUCGUUGUUUACAGCAGCGCCUUCAGACUGAACUUUCAUUCCAACCUUUAUCCCUGAGAGCAGACAUCCCUCUGACCACGUCUCACAUUCCUCAGAAGAGUCAAACGCAGGUUAGCUGGGUAGGUGUUAGCAUGUUAGCAUGUUAGCAUGUUUGACGUGUGUCGUGGUCCUGAAAUAAAAACCGCUGCAGGAACCGAACAUUCCUCCGAUUCCUCAUCGUCAUGAAGAUGAGCCAGACUCUGCUUUUACUUUCUUCUGCUCAGGUUUAAAUCUGUGACGACGAUUACGGAUCAUUCAGACAUCGGUCACAUCCUCUUCAUCCUCUUCAUCCUCUUCAUCCUCUCCAUCCUCUUCAUCUUCUCCUUCUUCUCCAUCCUCUCCAUCCUCUCCAUCCUCUUCAUCUUCUCCAUCUUCUCCAUCCUCUUCAUCCUCUUCAUCUUCUCCAUCUUCUUCAUCCUCUUCAUCUUCUCCAUCAGUCUGAUUCUUACAGUUUGAAUAAAUGUGCUGAAUGAAAAGUCA